GAAGUGAUGGAGAGGUGUACUUGGUGAGCUCAUCAUCGCGAGACUUAAGGAGCAACAUGUCUUUCUUUGCGACUUCUCGCGAGAGACAAACUGCACUGCCCGAAUCCAGCUGGUACGUCUAAAAGAGUUCUGUAGCAGUGAGUUAAGGUCCGACCAGCCAUCCAGCCAGCCAGCCAGCCAGCCGCCAGCCGGUCAACCAGCCAGCCAGUCACCAUGGGGAACAUCUUUGGCAACCUGCUGAAGAGCCUUUUAGGGAAGAAGGAGAUGAGGAUCCUGAUGGUGGGGCUGGACGCUGCAGGGAAGACCACCAUCCUAUACAAACUGAAGCUGGGAGAGAUAGUCACCACCAUCCCCACUAUCGGGUUUAACGUGGAGACGGUUGAGUAUAAGAACAUCAGUUUCACGGUGUGGGACGUGGGUGGCCAGGACAAGAUCAGGCCUCUGUGGAGACACUACUUCCAGAACACACAGGGCUUGAUCUUUGUGGUGGACAGUAACGACCGUGAGCGGGUGAACGAGGCUCGGGAGGAGCUGAUGAGGAUGCUGGCAGAGGACGAGCUACGAGACGCCGUGCUUCUCAUCUUCGCUAAUAAACAGGACCUGCCCAAUGCCAUGAACGCAGCAGAGAUCACAGACAAGCUGGGGCUCCACUCCCUACGUCACCGCAACUGGUACAUCCAGGCCACCUGCGCCACCAGCGGAGACGGCCUGUACGAGGGCCUCGACUGGCUGGCCAAUCAGCUGAAGAACAAGAAGUGAGUGGACCAAUCAGAGGAGAGUGAAGAGAAACCUUGGUGUCAGCUCUUGAAACAGGAAGUGGUAGUUGGUUGUAGUUGAUCCAUUGAGUGAAUAAUCCUGACACGGCGGGAGUGAAAUGUGAUUGGUAUGUGCUGUAGGAAGGGGGCUUAAACUGUACCAUCCCUUGAGGACAUUUUCAACCCGAUGUCAAUUAUUAAAAUCAGCUAUCGCCUUUCAGACAUGUGCCAUCAAUGUCAAUACAUGACAUUUCCUACAUAAUUAUGAACACAUUGAUAAGCAUCCCGUUUUUGGAAACACUAUUUAUGUAUUAAUUGAUUAAUUAAUGAAUACAUUAUUUAUUUAUUUAUUUAUGUCAUUUGACUUGUACAUCAGAAUGGAUACUAGCGAUGUUAGUUGGUUUCGGAACACCGUAUUAUGCAUGACCGUACAGUAAAAGAUCUCUCGGAAAUGAAGUUUGGAAUUGUGUCUCAUGUUAUCUAUUUAGCCAGUCUUCUGACAGUAUUCUCCUUUUACACUCAAAUUGCUACUGCUGGUUGGAGCAAUGCAGUAAUGGUCGACAUUAAUGAACAGUGACAUAGGUUUGUGUAAAACACAUCCAAUAUGCAAGAGCAUGCUUUUUUCUAUGUCAACUGUAUAUUACCCAUUUUACUCAACAAGUACAAACAUAUACCUGAACAAAAAUAGACCUGAAAAAUACCUGAAGGAGUCAUCGUGGUUGAUAUGUUCAAUUGUAGUUAUGGGGAUUUGUGUAUGCACUGAUAUAUAUCGAUAUGAAGACGGAAUCCGCAUUAGGGGAUACAGCCCCCCCCCCCCCUGCAAAUAUAUAUAUAUAUAUUUGCAGUACAUUUUCUUCUGUUCUACCGUGUGUGCAAUGCUGUCGGGGGGGGCUGUGUUGGUUGUUUGCAGUAACUUCUUUGUUGUUGUAAUAUCCCAAAUGGAACUCGAAGGAUUCCAGCUUUAACAUUACAGCUUGUGUAUUACAUUUCCCACAUUGAGUUUAGCUUGAUGCAGCAGUUGUUUGUUUUUGUGGCCUUAUUAUCGCUAGUGUUGAAAACCCCUUAUUCUGAUGAUGGUUUUGUGUGUAACGUUUAACAUCAAGCGGGACCACAGUUGUGGCAAAAUGUAUCAAUUCAUGUCUUGAUUUUUUCCCUCCUUUAACUCAGUUGAGUCUGUGCAAGAAAAACAAAAAACAAAAGUCAUGUUAUAUUUUACUGUAACAAUGUAAUUACUCAACAUUCCAGUUAAUAAUGUGUAUUCAAAUUAAUUGAAAAAGGGUUUAUUUAUUGAUGUUACCAGACAAAAAAAAGUGUGACGAUUAAAUCCUAGUUAAGAGUACAUAUGUAUUGGUGAGGAUGUGUCCAGUGAUACCAGUUUAACUGCACUGGUAAGUCAAUAAAAAAUGCCUACAUUC